AAGAAAAUAAAAACCAACUGGGUUGCAUCAAAACGUAACAAAACAAGAGUUUUCGGAAGGCGACGGAAUUGAAUUUGCGUAGCGCGAUGGCACUCAACAACGGACUCAGAUCUGCUGCGAAGCUUAUCGCUUCUUCUGAAUCCUCCAUCUCCAAAUCAGUGAGUAGAAAUUUUCAUUCAACUGGUGUGAAGAGGAUGGGAGGCGGACAUGGCCACAGUGAGCCACACUACAUGCAUUCAUAUCACAUGUACAACUUGGACCAGAUGAAGCAUCAGGGGUUGAAAAUGUCUCUUGCAGUGUUCACUGCAUUCAGCAUCGGUGUUGCAGUUCCUGUCUUUGCAGUUGUUUUCCAGCAAAAGAAGACAGCAUCUGGUUGAUUCAUCUUAUACUUCAUUUGCAAUAAUAAUUUGGUGGAUUUGGGGAUCCUAGACUAGCAUAUUGGUUUUGGUGGUUAUUGUCGAAUUACUUUGACUGUGUUUAUGUUUAAUUUUCCAUAUGGAUUUUUCACAUAUUUGUGGUAAUAAUCAAUUUCUCUGUACUGCCAAAUACUCGUGUUUGGACAUUUUCAUUUCUUAAUACAAAGUAUAGAAUUGGAAUGUUCUUCUUUCA